CUGGCACAAAGUCUGUUCGCAUCCGAUGAUCAGAACCACUAUGGAGGAGGUCCUGCAGGAGCUCCUGGUAACUACAAGUACAACACGAGGAACGCAGCUCAGUUAUGUUGGUCAGCUUUUAUCUAUCCCUCUCAGCAUCUUGCUGCCUUAUGCCCUGCAUUCCCAUGAAAUACAAGGGCAAGGAGGUACAGAUGUUUGAAGGUGCCGAGAUGAGUAAGAUCUGACUCUAAGUAACAAGCGCACAGCCAAGCGAGACAAGGAACGAACUAGGGAUGCAAUCCAGCAUGCACCAGAGGUCGCUGAAUAUUACAAGGGCAAGAAAGCAAAACUCUCUAGUGUCAAGGACUUGUGGGCGCUUGAUAUUGCUCAUCGUGUUUUGCUCAUUCAAUUCUUCAUUGACGAGCGCGUAAACGAAGUGGUUUCCCAAUUGGUGGAUCGAGAACGGGAAUUUUCGCAAUUGAAGGAGGACAAGAAACGGAUUCAAGAAGAGCAGCGAGCAGCAGUCUUUAAAAGCAAC